CCAGUUCCGGCCCCUGCCCAGUUUAAGGAGACCCCGUGCCGAGCUCGCUCUCUUUCUAUCCGGCCGGAGAACAUGGCGGACAUACAGACUGAGAGGGCUUAUCAGAAGCAGCCAACCAUCUUCCAGAACAAGAAGAGGGUUCUUCUGGGAGAAACUAGCAAAGAAAAACUCCCUCGUUAUUACAAGAACAUUGGGCUGGGAUUCAAGACCCCCAGAGAGGCAAUUGAUGGAACUUAUAUUGACAAGAAAUGUCCCUUCACUGGUAACGUGUCCAUCCGAGGCCGCAUCCUGUCAGGUGUGGUCACAAAGAUGAAGAUGCAGCGCACUGUUGUCAUCCGCAGAGACUAUCUGCAUUACAUCCGCAAGUACAACAGAUUCGAGAAACGCCACAAGAACAUGUCUGUCCAUCUCUCACCGUGCUUCAGAGAUGUCCAGGUCGGAGAUAUUGUGACCGUUGGCGAGUGCCGUCCUCUCAGUAAAACGGUCCGUUUCAAUGUCCUGAAAGUUACAAAAGCUGCAGGAACAAAGAAACAGUUCCAGAAGUUUUGAAGCGGAUGAUGUUUCAGUUCAAAUAAACUUUGUAAAACCUCGAA